AUGGCGGAUGAGAUAUUUGAUCAAGCAGACCUUAAUAAAGAUCAGCGACUUGAUUUGAAUGAAUUUCGCAAUCUUAUUAGUCAAAAUCUAGGACCUGGUGCAUCGAUUUAUACUGGAAAUGUAAUUGAUGGAGGUCAAUAUUCAGGAGGUUUUUAUGAUUCUUCAUCAUCGGGAGGUUUUAUGGAUGGAAAUGGUACUGCUGGAGGAUAUACUGGUAUUACUGAUGGCUAUACUGGUGUUGCUGAUCUAGCAGGAGCAACUAUGAACGGCGUAGGUACUAUGGACAGUAAUGCCAGUUUUAAUGCAUUCGAUCAAGCAUCUUUUGCAUCAUCAACGGGUGGUGCUGGUGGAAUGGGAGGAUAUGAUGCCGAUGGACCUUCUGUUGCUGAUAGAACAGCUGGAACUACAGGAGAUUCAUCAUCAUCAUCAUUUGAAGCCGGCAAUAGUCAGCAACAGGUUCAACAAUAUGCUACUAAUGCUCAAGGUCUUUAUCAAGAUCCCAAUCCACAAAUUAUACGUCGUCCAGCACAAAGUGAACAAAUUACAUAUACACAAAAUAUUAAAAUUCGAUUUCUUCAACCGCCAGCGAUUCCACCACCAGGUCCGCUGAUCAUUAAAGAAGUGCGACCACCUCAACCACCACCACCGCCACCACUUGUUGUUCGUCAGCGUGCUCCACCUCGUCCAACACCACCUCCACUUAUUUUACGUGAAAAACCUCCUCCAAUACCACAAAAUACUGGUGCUCAAACUGUUAUUCGAAAACUACCUGCUCUUCCACUUCCACCUCGAUCAGUCAUUAUAGAACGUUUACCACCAACUCCACCAAAACCUCGGGAUAUUAUUAUUGAACGAUGGAUUCCGUAUAACGCAUUGGCAAAUCGUAAGACAAUUGUUCAACGUGCUGAAGAAGCAAAAUCGUAUCCAAAACCACGUAAUGUUAUCAUUCAAUAUGAAGCACCACAGGUUCGUGUUGUUCGACAAUUUCAACGUCUUGGUGUUACACCUGAAAAUCCUCAAGAAUAUAUUAAUCGUUAUGGUACAUCACUAUUCGAUUCACAAACAUUAGUACAACAAGCACGUGCUGCUGGUGUUAUUGAGGAUAUAUCACCACCAACAAAUCUUGGUGGACCUGGAUCUACUCCACCAACAUUUACUAAUGAAUUUGGUAAUAUGAGUCAAGGUGCUGAAACUAGUGGAGUUGGUUCACCAUCAACAUUUGAAACAUCAGGCUAUGGUGGUCAACAAGGAAAUAGUGAUUUUUCAGGUUUUGAAACAGGUCAAAAUGGUACUGGUGGAGGUUUUGCAACACAAUUUGAAACAAGUACAUUUUCAUCUCAAGGUGGUGGUACUAUUCAUGGUGACACGAGUGCAUCUGGCUAUCAAAGCUAUAGUGGCUCAAGUGCCAGUAAUAUUGAUAUAGCUAAUGCUGCGUUUAACGCUGCUGAUCUCAAUAAAGAUGGAUUAAUUGAUCCAAAUGAAUUUCGUCAAUUUCUCGGCUCUCAACUUCAAUAA